CACAUCCCAUAUAGCCAAUCAAAAUCAAAUUUGACAAUAAUGAUGAUCAUCAUCAUUAUCAACUACAACACAAAAAUAAUUCCACUAUAUAUAUAAUGCCCAAUUCUAAACCACACCACACUCUUAACUUUACCUUUCUUCUUCUUCUUCUCCAUUUUUCUAUAUACAUAUAUAUAUAUAUAGAGAUCUGAAAUUGAAAUAAUAAUAAUAAGAUAAAAAUGGGUUCAACAGGAAUAGAGACCCAAAUGACCCCAACCCAAAUAUCCGACGAAGAAGCCAAUCUCUUCGCCAUGCAAUUAGCCAGUGCCUCAGUCUUACCCAUGGUUCUCAAAGCAGCUUUGGAGCUCGACCUCUUGGAGAUCAUAGCCAAGGCCGGUCCAGGCGCGUUUCUCUCACCUUCCGACAUAGCUCAACAGCUUCCGACUCAGAACCCAGACGCCCCGGUGAUGCUGGACCGGAUGCUGAGACUGUUGGCUAGCUACAACGUGGUGACGUACUCGCUGCGUGAGCGUGAGACGGCGGAAGAGGAAGGGAAGGUGGAGAGGCUUUAUGGGUUGGCUCCGGUGAGUAAAUAUCUGACGAAGAAUGAAGAUGGAGUCUCCAUUGCUCCUCUUUGUCUCAUGAACCAGGAUAAGGUUCUUAUGGAGAGUUGGUAUCACUUAAAAGAUGCAGUACUUGAUGGAGGAAUACCUUUCAACAAGGCAUAUGGAAUGACAGCAUUUGAAUAUCAUGGAACCGAUCAAAGGUUCAAUAAAAUCUUUAAUAGAGGAAUGUCCGACCACUCGACUAUUACCAUGAAAAAAAUCCUCGAAACUUACAAGGGUUUCGAGGGUCUUAACUCGAUUGUUGAUGUUGGUGGUGGUACUGGAGCUGUUGUUAACAUGAUCGUCUCUAAGUACCCUACUAUUAAGGGUAUUAACUUCGAUUUGCCUCAUGUCAUCGAAGAUGCACCUCCAUUGACCGGUGUAGAGCAUGUUGGAGGAGACAUGUUUGUAAGUGUACCAAAAGGAGAUGCAAUUUUCAUGAAGUGGAUUUGCCAUGAUUGGAGCGAUGAACACUGCUUGAAAUUCUUGAAGAACUGCCACGCUGCACUGCCCGAACACGGAAAAGUGAUCGUGGCGGAGUGCAUUCUUCCGGUGGCACCGGACUCGAGCCUUGCCACAAAGAGUACGGUCCACAUUGAUGUGAUCAUGUUGGCCCAUAACCCUGGUGGCAAAGAGAGAACAGAGAAAGAGUUUGAGGCAUUGGCUAAGGGAGCUGGCUUUAAAGGCUUCAAAGUCCAUUGCAAUGCUUUCAAUACCCAUAUCAUGGAAUUUCUCAAGACCAUUUAAUUCAUAAUCUAUAUAUACUAUACAUAUACUUUUGCUAUAUUUUGGUUUGGAUAUAUUCUCUCUCAUUGUGGUGAAUUUUUCUAUUUUGACAAAGUGGGGUUUAAUGUAUGUUUUUAUUAACACCCUUGAAAAGAAAAAAAUGAAAAAUGUGUUACUAAAUUUGCUUGUAAUUUGCAAAAAUAAAAGUUAAAUGAAAUAUUCCACUGAAAA